GUUUGGACAGAACUUCGAGACCUAAUAACUAAGCUACUGAAGCAGGGAGAUUAGAUCUGCACAGCUCUGUCUUAAGGCAUUCCAGCAAAACUGCAACAACCAUUAGUCCAUUACUCAUACAAUACACCAAACAAUUUUAGGCUCUCAAACUCAGAGAAGAAGAAUGGCUUAUGCAGCUCUUUCUUCACUUAUGCAUACACUGCAGCAACUCCUGCAACCUAACCAACGUUUGGUUUGUGGAAGCUGUAUACCACAACAACAUAUUGAAUCCACUUAUCAAAGUCUUUCUGCUCUGCAAGUUUUCCUUGAGGAGGCUACAAAGGAAGCCAAAGAUAUUGAAACUCGAAAGAGUUUGGAAAAGAGGAUCAGAGAUGUAGUCUACAAAGUAGAAUAUAGAGUUGAUUCAAGACUCAGAAGUGUCAUUGUAGCAGAUUGCGGAGAUGACCGAGAAAGGGCUUGUAAAGCUUUCAAUGAAGAAUUGCAAGAAGUCGAAAAAGAAGUUGAUUCUCUCAAGAAAGAGGUGAUACAGAUCGAGUUUAACAAACACCGAAGCAAAUCUGCAGAAUUAGCAACAACUUCUUCCUCAUCAAGAAGGUAUGCAAUUGAGCAAAAUACUGUUGUUGGAAUGGAGGAUGACUUCAACACCAUACUAGAUCGCCUCACCGCACAAACACAUGAGCUAACUGUCAUAUCAGUUGUUGGUAUGGGCGGUAUAGGUAAGACAACUCUUGCUAGAAAAGCUUAUGAUGAUUCAUCUAUUCGAUAUCGAUUUGAUACACAUGCAUGGGUCACAGUCUCAGAGAACUACAAUGAGAGACAAGUGCUACUAGAUGUUAUUAUUUCAAUAAGUCGGGAUAGAACUGAUGAAAGCUAUGAAACAAUGAGCAAAGAUCAAUUAGCAGAGAUUGUGUAUAAAGGUUUAAAGGGUAGGAGAUUUCUAAUUAUCAUAGAUGAUCUUUGGAGUACUGAGGCAUGGGACCAAAUGCAAAGACUAUUUCCAAAUGAUAACAACAAAAGCAGAAUCCUAUUAACAACUCGCCUUAACUAUGUUGCUGAUUAUGCAAGCCCUGAUUUCCCCCCUCAUAGUAUGUCUUUUCUAAGUUUGGACGAUAGCUGGAAUCUGUUUACUGAAAUGCUAUUCAAAGAAGAUCUUUGUCCUCUACUACUACAAAAAAUAGGGAAGCAUAUCAUACAACAAUGUCGAGGAUUACCUCUAUCGAUCGUUGUCAUUGCUGGAAUUCUUGGCAAGAUGGACCCGACACAUGAUAAUUGGAAGAAAAUUGAGGAAAAUUUGAACUCAUUCUUUGGUUUUCCUGAAGACAUGGAGAUUAAUGUUUCCAAGUUGAUUAGGCUAUGGAUUGCUGAGCAGUUCAUAAAGGCAAGAAGCUAUAGGAGGUUAGAGGAGGUGGCAGAGGAGUAUUUACAAGACUUGAUUGAUAGAAGUCUCAUUUUGGCUGGUAAACAAAGGGCUAAUGGAAGGAUGAGAACUUGCAAAAUUCACGAUCUUCUUCGGCAGCUGUGCAUAAUAGAAGCUCACAAUGAGAAUGUGGUGCACGCCAUGAAUGCAAAUGUCCCCAUGUUCUCAGAAGCCGUAAAUGAUCAACGACGAGUAAUUGUUCCAUUUGAUAUUAAAGAGAAGCAUGUUUACCCUAACCCUACAAGGCAUAGCAGUGUCCUUACAAGUAUGACCCGGACCUUUAUUUUUACGAAAUAUUCUGAUUUAGAUUUUACAGAACGUUUUUGUUCCAUUGUUUCACAGUUCAAGCUGCUUAAGGUGUUGGACGUAUAUAAUGUCCGUUGUGAUUUCUCAUGUGUAAUACCUAAACUUAUACAUUUGAGAUAUGUUGCUGCAAACAUUGACGAAGCUCCUUCACUUGCCAAAUUGUGGAAUCUACAAUCCAUAAUUCUUCGUAAUUUUUCAAGCAAAGACUUGCAUCUCCCACAAGAGAUCUGGACAAUGUCAGAGAUAAGACAUCUUGAUAUUAGAUGGUCAAUACAUAUGCCUAAUCCUCUUGUGGCAGAAAGUCAUAAUAGUAUUGAAGAACAACCUUUGUUUCUCAAUAACUUGCAAACACUUGUUCUCUGUUCCUCUCCUUAUUUGGCGGAAAUCCUAAGAAGAACUCCCUAUCUAAAUAAGCUAACGGUUUUAGAUGAAUCUAGGCAUUCUGACUGUCCUGCUAUUCUUGAUCCUCUCAGUCUUCUACAGGAGUUGGAGACACUAACUAUAGAAGCAGAUUUAGGCAGUGACCCGAUGAUUCUCUCUAGGGAUAUUUUCCCUCCUAAUCUCAAGCAAUUGAAAUUAUCGUAUACUACUUUACAAUGGGAAGAUAUGGUUGUGCUGGCUAAUUUACCCAAUCUUGAGGUGCUCAAAGCAUAUUCUGCAUUCGAGGGAACAAAUUGGAAACUAAAUGAAGAUGUUGUGUUUCAAAAAUUAAAAUAUCUACGACUUCAGUACGGAAGUCUGGAAAGGUGGGAAGCAACUAAUGAUAAUUUUCCGAUGCUUGAGCAACUACUCCUGUAUGGAUUCCGGAAGCUGGAGGAGAUUCCUCAGAGUAUUGGAGAAAUAAUGAUACUAAAAUUGAUCCAAAUAGAACGUUGCAGCGCUGCAGCAGUCACUAGUGCAAAGAAAAUUCAACAAGAGCAAGAAAGCUGGGGAAAUUAUGAGCUUCAAGUUCGAAUUAUCUAGCUUUGAUUAUUAAGUAUGUUAAAAUUCCAUCUUUGAUUAUUAGCGAAUUUUCUUAAUAUGCUCAUGUGGUUUUCUGUGUUCUUAAAUUUUCCUCUUUACCUUCUUUUCUUAUAAAAAGGCUUGUAAACUUUGAGAACCGUUAUCUACAGUCAGAAUCUUAAGAUACAUUGUACUUUUAAUCACUUUUUGGAUGCUAUUUUCCUUUUCUCC